AUGAGUCCCUUCUUCAGUUCAAAGAGGCCCGAUAUCGAUCGGCAGAAACAGGCCUGCAUUGCCACAAAAGCCAUGACAAAUGCACCAGCAUUGAUACCAACCCAAGCAACUGCCGAGAAGCUAGUCAGGACCGGAGAGCCUGGAGUAGCCGUCAUCGAGUAUGACGACCUUGUCGUCGUGUACAAGUGCGCCCCCGGCGUGAUCGACCCGCCGUACAUCAUCGUCCGGAACCGCGAGGACGACGAGUUUGUCAUGGUGGAGGACGAAUCCUACCCAAAGGCGUUUCCGUCGAACAAAGGAGCAUGUCAUGAUUGA